AUGUCUCAAUCGUCUGCUUCCAUAAAACGAGCCCUCAUUAUUGUUGAUGUACAGAAUGAUUUUUGUGAGGGAGGCAGUUUAGCAGUAAAACAUGCUGAUGAAGUGGUGCCUGUUUUUAAUAGGUUGAGAGAUCAAGUAAAAUGGGAUUUAAUUGUGUUGACACAAGAUUUUCAUCCUCCAAAACAUAUCAGUUUUGCUUCGAGUCAUAAUGCGGAAGUAUUUUCUUCAAAAGUAUUGGAUGACGGUAUUACACAAACCAUGUGGCCAGAUCACUGUGUUCAAGGAACAAAGGGAGCAGAGUUUCACCCUGACUUAAUUGUAACGAGUAGUGAUGAAAUUGUACACAAGGGUUGUAAUUCUUUAAUAGACUCCUAUAGCGGAUUUUACGAUAAUGCUAGAAAGAACAAAACAUCUCUUGACGAUAUUUUAAAGAAACACAACAUUUCCCAAACAUUUAUUGGAGGAAUUGCUUUGGAUGUUUGUGUGAAAUUUACUGCACUGGAUUCCGUUCAAUUAGGUUAUGACACAUAUCUGAUUGAGGAUGCAAGUAGAGGAUUAUCGCCAGAGUCUGUCGAAAAAGCUCUCGAUGAGCUCAGAAAGAGCAAUGUUAAAAUUGUGACUAGUCAAGACAUCUUGUAA